GAUGUGCUGGGACGUAGAGCGCCGUCGUGAAACUCGAAAUAACCGUUUGUUGAAACCGAGGAAGCGGGAGGGCCUUAAAAAUAGAGUGGAAAGCUUCCCUCUUUUCUUUUACAAGGGUCUCUUUUCUCCCUUUCCCAGCGCCCUGACGGGCCCGGGUCCUGGGUUCCAGGACCAACAGAAGCAGCCCAGCUGCGUGUUAGAUCAGCCAUGGUUCCGCUCUUGCUGGUGCUCAAGUGUCUCGGCGACCACCUGAGAUGAUCGUGACGGCGGUCGUCCCGCGGCGUGUAGGCGAGUUUGAAUCGACACCGGCGACAAAUAUUUCCCGUAACUGAACGAAUCGUUAGAUGCUGAAACGACCGAAGACGGGGAUCGUGUUUUGAGGAGUAAGGUCCCAAAGAAGCGCAUCUGGUUCCUGGAAUUUGAAUCGUGGAGUGCCUGUGUGUGUAUGUGCGAGAGCUCACUCGUUGGACAGGUGGCUACUUGGAAGCGAAGCAAAAAGUGAUAAAGAAAAAAGAAGUUGCCCGUUCCGUGUUUAAACUCUUUUGACGGAGAGGACCCGAGUUUCAGAUCAGAAGUUGGGUGCAGCUCUCGUGAAAGAUCAUUAUUUGGGAGUGUGUUUGUGAAUGAACUCGAUGCUGUGAUACCAAAGGCUCAGGGAGUUCGACGCAGAUCGUCACUUCUGACCAGACAGAUGUCAAACCGUGAUUGAGGAUGAGCUCAGGAUACCCUUCCGGGGGAGCUGCAUCAAGCGAUUUUGCAUCUGCUUCUGUUGAAUGUUCUAAAAACGGCCAAAGAAAGCGUCUUCAUCAUGACUGCGGCUCCAGUUGGUCUGCUUUCUAGUGUUCUCUUUAGUACCAAUGCAGCAUCCCCUCCGCUUUGCUUGUGUGCUUGUUGUAAGUUAUUUUCCCAUGGAAGUGGACUGAGCGAGGAUUUGCUUAAAAUACUGUGUAAAGUUCAUGAAAUGUGGCAAUGCUCACACACUCAUAACAACAUUUUCACUGUCGGGAGUUUCUGUUUCUUCGCUUCGGAGAUGAAAUACGCUCACGAGAGACGGUUAUCCAGAACUCAACCACUGUCCAAGCCCGCAAGGGAUUCUCGUAAACUUCACAUGAAAAGGAGAUCAGAAUCUGUGGAAAGUUCUUACGAUGUCUUUCUGGGCGGUUCCUGCAACCCCACCACAUGGAGGAAAGAUGUGGCCAUUCCGAAACUCAAGGCCUACGGCAUCUCUUACUAUAAUCCUCAGGUGACGCAAUGGAUACCAGAGCUGAUCGAACUUGAAAAUCAAGCAAAAGAGAAUGCCAAAGUGAUGUUCUUUGUCAUCGACAACCAAACACGAUCUGUGGCUUGCAUGAUUGAGACUGCCCAUAUAGCAGGAACCCAGCGCAAGCUGAUCUUGAUCCUGAACGAGCAGUCGCCCCCAGGCAGUCUGGUCCUCGGGGAGCCCAUCUCCGAGAAGGAAUACGUGGACCUGAAACAGGGGCGAGACUACCUGCGGGACAUUGUACAGAUGCAGGGCAUCCCAGUCUUCCAGGGCAUACAGGAGGCCCUCGAAGUCACCAACAAGGUCCUCAAGGAGGAACUCAGACCCCAGGACGUGAGGCCCCCCCGGAGAGAAGGCGCCAUAGCCGUGCCCCAUGCCACCCUUGGCGACAAGUACCUGAAAGUUCAAGAGGCAUUCAACAGUUUCUCUUCGGACGAUGGCGAAGUGCGCAUCAGAGAUGUCAGAAUGGCAUUCAAGGUGCUCACCGGAAGAGAACUUCCCCAGGAGUGCCUGGACAUCCUCACAAGCAGUCAGCAGUGCCCGGUGACACAAAACAUUGCUGACGGGGAUAUUGACGACAUUCCCAUAACAUUUGAUCAGUUCUGCUUCAUCGUGUCGGAGUUCAAACACCAGUCGAAAAAUGGGAGUAAAUUCUCGGAGUUCCUCAAUUCUGUCCAGCAUCUCUUCACUCGUGUUUAUGACUGGAUCCUACCGGGAACUGCGCUGUCGAAAGGAGAAGCAGACGUCCCACUGCCAGCCUACUGGAGCCACAUUUACCUCGGGGGCUCCACCAAGGACUGUGCCUGGAGGGACAACAUAGCCAUUCCUCUUCUAAAGAAGCACGGCUUGACGCAUUCCGUCCCAUUUCGCUCCCCGUGGAACGCGCGGCUGAGCCCCCUUGAAAUGCACAUCAUCAACAGCAGUCGAGUGCUGCUGUUCGUCAUCACCAAGACAGAGCGAUGCGUGGCCGAAAUGCUCGUGGCUGCCCAUUAUGUUGGCCAAGGCUGCAACGUUGUCCUGUGCAUACAGUACCUGGAGAAUGAUGUGGUGAUUGAUGGAGAAAAGCUCUCCGACCUUGCCGUGAAAGACUACAACCGUGGAAGGAUGUACCUGUCGGAUCUUGCAACACGAUCAGGCGUGCCAGUUUUCAGCGACAUCAGUGAAGCCGUCUCGUGUGCAUGUGGGAAGUGCUCAUCAUAAAGGCAUGCUGCCGCACAGUUCGAAAAGGCGGCCACCAUCACCCACAUUGUUUUAAUAUUGACGACCGUCGGUCGACGAAGACAUCGCCCUGUAUAUGUGCAUGUGUAUAAACUAUAGUGUAACUUGCACAAGACCAUGCUAUCUAAUGUAAAUAUUAACGGGUUCAUCAACAAACAUGUUCAUUUGUACAUUACCAGUUCCAAGUUACACCACCAACACUCAGGUUCAUCAGACUUCAGUUUUCCAUCCUUCUCAUUAACAUCAAUAAAACUGCAUUUAAUUAUGUUGCCCCA